AUGGAGACAUAUUACCUGCGCGGCAGCUCGCGCAGCCGGGGGUCGUCUUCGGCGAGCGACGUGGACCCCAGGGAGAAGAUCAAAGAAUGCUGCAGGAAGCUGAUCGCUUUUAUGUGCACCCAAGUCGGUGUCGGGGCUCUCGUUUUCGGGUACACACUGAUCGGUGCCGUGACUUUCAUGCACAUCGAAGAAAAGGGCCAGAACACCAAGGAGGGAGUCAUGAACGAAACUCGUAUUAAUUAUUCCAUGCGGCUGUAUGAAACGGCGUUGAUUGUUAACGGUUAUAACAUUACAACUUUCGCACCCGCAAUUGACGAGGUCCUCAAAGAUUAUCAAAAAAAAGUGGUAGAGAUAUUCAAAGAUGGGUAUGAUCCGCAGGAUGAAUGGACCUUUCCCUCGGCCUUGAUGUUUUCCCUAAGCAUCAUAACCAUGAUCGGUUACGGGAACAUGGUGCCGAAAACCGGUCAAGGGAGGUUAGCCACGGUAAUAUACGCUGGCUUUGGAAUCCCAUUGUACAUACUUUACUUCAUGAACGUCGGAGACGCCUUAGCUGGUUGCUUCCGGUGCGUUUACAGGUGGAUAUACGAGUGUUCCUCAGAAAACGAAGACGAUCCCCGAAAAAGAAUAAUAGUACCUUCGACGGCCUGCCUGUGGGUGAUAGGAGCUUACGUUCUAACAGGUGCCAUCAUGUUCGGUGCUUGGGAGCAUUGGAACUUCUUGGAUAGCAUCUAUUUCUGCGUUACUAGUUUGUGCAAGUUGGGUUUUGGAGACCUAGUGCCCGGUUCGAGCAUCGACGCUUCGAAUCACGCCAACCAAACGAAAUUAGUGAUUAACUUUAUAUACAUCGCUUUCGGUUUGGGACUUGUCGCGAUGUGUUACAACUUGAUGCGGGAAGAGAUACGGGAAAAGGUGAAGGAGGUUCGAGAGGAUUUUACGCAGUGCUUGGAGGACACGAGAGUUCGGUUAGUGGAAUGGUCCAACAGGUGCCGAGGAAUAGACGAAGACUUUUUAUACAACUGAUUCGUGUA